AUGUCACGUUCCAUUAUGGAAAAGAGCUCCCGGACCGCCGAAUUCGUCUCUGGUCAGAACAACCAGGCUUGUGACAAGAACGGCCAGGAUGCCCAGCGUCAAGCCCAAGGUCAGGUUCAGAAGAACGGUCCCAACCGCGAGUACCGCAUCGCCGAGUUUGUUGGCGCCGACAAAGCCGCCAAGAACCAGCCCAACAAGAACAGCGCCCGUGGCGCCCAGUAA